ACUAUUUCCCUUAUGAACACAUCCUGAUGUGUAUGCGCGAAUAUGUAUAAAUUAAUUUAUUUACCAUAAAACAAAAAAACCUUUUAAUUUGCAAUUUCUCUCAUUCCGUUCCAUAAAAUAUCAACAGCAAACAGCAAAACACAACAAAAAAUAACCAUACCCCAAAAAAAAUCCCUACACAUUUAUCAAUAAAAUAUUAUUUUUCCAACCACUUUAAGAGUAAUUCAACCAAAACAGCUAGCAUUGCAAAAAUCAGGACAUCAUACUCUGGAAUUUAUGAAAAAAAUAAAACAAAUUUUUAGUGAAUAUCAUACAAUAUAAUUGAUUAUCAAUUUCCUGCCCUACUAACUAAUUUAAUUGAAAGUUAAUGUUAUUUUUUUUUUGUACCUACUCUCUCUUUAGUCAAUACACCUAACAGGGAAAUUUAUCAAAAAUGAUGUCCACUGAUAUUCCGAAAAAUUGCAAACAAGCUUCGUCCUUCCGAAGUACUUCACUAUUUGACCCAGUUAAACUUCGAAUUGGUAAUGGAGAGAAUCAACCAAUAACUAUACCUCAAAUAUUUGAGGAAACCUUAAACAAAUAUGGCGACCGACCAGCACUGAAGUCUCAGGACAGGGAUAAGAAUUGGGUCAGUCAAACCUAUAAGGAGUAUUGGAAUAAUACUCGGUUAAUAGCAAAAGGACUUAUCAAAUUAGGUCUAAAGCAACGGACUUCGUGUGGAAUCCUAUCUUUUUCUAGCCCAGAAUGGUUUAUCACUCAGAUGGCAGCAAUUUUUGCCGGUGGAGUAUCAGCCGGAAUAUAUUUGACGAAUUCUGCUGAGACAGUUUAUCACAUCUUGCAUACAUCCAAUGCAACUUGCUGUGUGGUAGACAAUUCAGCUCAAAUGGCUAAGGUGAAAUCGGUUAGACACAGACUUCCGCAAUUAAAGUCUGUCAUUCAAACUGAAGCACCUUUUGAGGAUUUCAUAGAUUCUGAGGAAGGUUACUACAGUUGGUCUGCCUUGAAGAAAAUCGGAGGAAGUGAUCCGAAUUUGGAAGAAGAAUUACAAAAGAGACUAGAUUCAAUAGUUGCUAAUGAGUGUGCGACCCUCAUUUUUACGUCAGGAACUGUUGGAAUGCCAAAAGGAGUCAUGUUAAGCCACGAUAACCUCAUCACUUCUGCUAAAAUAAUCAUCGAUGGUUUGAACGAUAUAACUUCUGACCAUCAAGAUGUCCUGGUUAGUUAUCUGCCAAUGAAUCAUGUAAGUGGACAAAUUUUUGACUUCUUCAUGGGCUUGAUAUUGGGAUCGUGUGUUUAUUUCGCCGAUCGAAAUGCUCUCAAAGGCUCUCUUCUCGACACAGUGUUGGAAGCUCAACCCACACGAUUUUUUGGAGUUCCUAGAAUUUUCGAAAAAAUGCAAGAAAAGCUAGUGACGGAAGAACAAAAAAUAUCAUGGAUGUCGAAAUUAGCCCUGAGAACAGCUCGUAGAAGGAUUUCAAAUUAUAUUCUGGCAUCAAUGGGAAAUGAAAAUAAGAAGCCUAACAGUUUAGGAUAUUGGGUAGGUGCAAAAGUAACAGGAAAAUACAUAAUGGCAUUGGGUUUGGGAAAAUGUAAGAACAUUUUUAUGGGUGCUGCACCAUCAGCCUUGGAGUUGAAGAAGUUUUUCAUGAGUUUUGACAUGAAGUUGUCGGAAAUGUAUGGUCUUUCGGAAACUAGUGGUCCAAUAAGCGUAUGCUGGAAUUUGGAUGGUCUUGAAAGUUGUGGAAAAGCAAUGUCUGGAGUGGAAGUUAGACUUGCAAAUGAAGAUGAGAGGGGUCAUGGGGAGGUUUGUACCCGCAGUCGAUUGGUAUUCAUGGGCUACCUGCAUGAACCCGAAAAAACCAAAGAAACCUUUUCCGAAGAUGGAUGGUUCCAUACAGGAGACAUUGGAUACUUCGAUGCAAAUCAACAUCUCUACAUCAGCGCUCGUCUCAAGGAGCUGAUUGUCACCUCUGGAGGUGAAAAUAUUCCCCCAAUUCAAAUUGAACAACUUGUCAAGCACGAAUUGCCAGGACUAAGUAAUACCUUUCUUGUUGGAGACAGACGUAAAUUUCUCACAAUGUUAGUCACUAUCAAGACUGAUAUUGACCCGAAAAGUGGAAAACCAGGUGAUAAUUUACAACCCGAAUCAAUUGAAUGGAUGAAGUCUCUGGCCCUUCCAUAUGUUAAACUUUCCCAAAUACUCAAAGCUGGACCAUGUCCAAAAGUGCUGCAGUCAAUUCAAGAGGGCAUCGAUCGGGCAAAUGCAAAAGCCAUAUCCAACGCACAGAGAGUGCAGAAAUUUUCUAUUUUACCGCAUGAUUUCUCGAUACCAACUGGGGAAUUGGGACCAACGUUAAAACUCCGACGAAAUAUUGUUCUUGAGAAAUAUGCCGAUGUUAUUGAGGAUUUUUACAAAAAUACUUACAAAUAAAAACUUAGAUAUAUUAGAAAUAAAAAAAAA